UGCACUGCGCAGGCGCUCUCGGCUUCUAUAUUUUUUUUUUUUUUUUUUUAAUCCCCGCACCAAGCGCUUAACCUCAUUGGGGUGGAGGAGAAGGCGGCGGCUGUCUGGUCCGCAGCGGCAACAGUAGCGAAUAAUACGGCUAAUGGACUGCUGAAUUAUGAAGAAUUUCAGACCCAAGAGUAGAACCUCGCUCUGCCACUCACUCCUUUAUCUCCUGCUAGUUAUUUAAAUUGGACUUUUAAUAUCCUACCAGCUGCUCUUCAGACACACAUGGUGCAUUGUUGCCAUUCCCCGGAUUGCAUCUUUGAAACACAGGCUCUUAGUAACCCUCAGCGAACAAAGAGGCAACCUCCCGGGUACGUUUACUGGGAGGGUGUCACCCUGACUGCCCUCUAGCUUCUGCUGGAUCUGGAUUUGAAUUCCACCAUGGAGCCUCGCAUGGAGUCCUGCCUGGCACAGGUGUUGCAGAAGGAUGUGGGGAAACGACUGCAGGUUGGCCAAGAACUUAUAGACUAUUUCUCAGACAAACAGAAGUCUGCUGACCUUGAGCAUGACCAGACCAUGUUAGAUAAACUUGUGGAUGGGCUCGCUACCUCUUGGGUGAACUCUAGCAAUUACAAGGUGGUUCUUCUCGGCAUGGACAUCCUGUCUGCGCUGGUCACCCGGCUGCAGGAUCGGUUCAAGGCGCAGAUUGGCACAGUGUUGCCAAGUUUAAUAGACAGACUGGGAGAUGCUAAAGACUCUGUGCGAGAGCAAGACCAGACUCUGCUGCUGAAGAUCAUGGAUCAAGCUGCUAAUCCCCAGUAUGUGUGGGACCGGAUGCUGGGAGGCUUCAAGCACAAGAAUUUCCGGACUCGGGAAGGCACGUGCCUCUGCCUUGUUGCCACACUCAAUGCCUCUGGAGCACACACUUUAACACUAAGCAAGAUUGUGCCACAUAUAUGUAACUUACUUGGAGACCCCAACAGCCAGGUUCGAGAUGCAGCAAUAAACAGCUUAGUGGAAAUUUACAGACAUGUAGGAGAACGUGUGAGGGCAGAUCUCAGUAAAAAAGGAUUACCACAGUCCCGGUUGAACGUAAUUUUUACAAAAUUUGAUGAAGUCCAAAAAUCUGGAAACAUGAUCCAAUCAGCAAACGAUAAAAAUUUUGAUGAUGAAGAUUCUGUGGAUGGUAAUAGACCUUCCUCUGCUAGUUCUACAUCAUCCAAAGCUCCACCCAGCUCAAGGAGAAACGUUGGAAUGGGGACCACCCGCCGGCUUGGUUCCUCCUCUCUUGGAUCCAAGUCUUCAGCUGCAAAAGAAGGAGCUGGUGCUGUUGAUGAAGAGGACUUUAUUAAAGCAUUUGAUGACGUACCUGUAGUACAGAUUUAUUCCAGCCGAGACCUGGAGGAGUCCAUAAACAAGAUUAGGGAAAUAUUAUCUGAUGACAAGCAUGAUUGGGAGCAAAGAGUAAAUGCUCUGAAAAAGAUCAGAUCUUUACUUUUGGCUGGUGCCGCCGAGUACGAUAACUUCUUUCAACAUCUGCGUCUUUUGGACGGAGCCUUUAAACUAUCUGCUAAGGACCUGCGGUCUCAGGUAGUGCGGGAAGCUUGCAUCACAUUGGGGCAUCUGUCAUCAGUUCUGGGAAAUAAAUUUGACCAUGGAGCUGAAGCCAUUAUGCCAACUAUCUUUAAUUUAAUUCCAAACAGUGCCAAAAUUAUGGCCACUUCCGGUGUUGUAGCUGUUAGGUUAAUCAUUCGGCACACACACAUCCCUAGGCUAAUACCUGUCAUAACAAGCAACUGUACCUCUAAGUCUGUCGCAGUUAGAAGGCGCUGUUUUGAAUUUUUAGAUUUACUUUUACAAGAAUGGCAGACACAUUCACUGGAACGACACAUAUCAGUAUUAGCCGAAACAAUAAAGAAGGGAAUACACGAUGCCGAUUCCGAAGCAAGGAUAGAAGCCAGAAAGUGCUACUGGGGUUUCCACAGUCACUUCAGCAGAGAAGCAGAGCAUUUGUACCACACCUUGGAGUCCUCCUACCAGAAAGCCCUGCAGUCCCACCUGAAGAACUCGGACAGCAUCGUGUCUCUGCCUCAGUCCGACCGCUCGUCCUCAAGCUCUCAAGAGAGUCUAAAUCGGCCACUCUCUGCCAAAAGAAGUCCUACCGGGAGCACCACCUCUAGAGCUUCUACGGUCAGCACCAAAUCCGUGUCAACGACCGGGUCCCUCCAGCGGUCUCGAAGCGAUAUUGACGUGAACGCAGCAGCCAGUGCCAAGUCCAAGGUCUCAUCGGCCUCGGGUGCUACGCCUUUCAGCUCUGCAGCAGCCUUGCCUCCGGGGUCCUACGCAUCCUUAGAGUCCAGACACAUGAGGGAAGAUAUGGAGUCCGUAGGCCAUGACUCAGACGGUACUUCCACUAAAGCGGAGGGUCGGAUCCGCACGAGACGGCAGAGCUCCGGGAGUGCCACCAGUGUCGCCACCACACCUGAUAAUCGAGGCCGCAGUCGCGCCAAAGUGGUUUCACAGUCCCAGCGAUCCAGAUCUGCUAAUCCUGCUGGUGCUGGCAGCCGGUCAAGUUCCCCAGGAAAAUUGUUGGGAAGUAGUUAUGGUGGCCUUGCCGGGGGUUCCUCAAGAGGCCCGCCUGUGACUCCCUCUUCAGAGAAGCGAAGCAAGAUCCCCAGGAGUCAGGGAUGUAGCCGAGAAACCAGUCCAAACCGGAUAGGAUUAGCACGGAGCAGCCGUAUCCCUCGACCCAGCAUGAGUCAGGGGUGCAGCCGCAAUACCAGCUGUGAGAGCAGCCGCGAUACGAGCCCCGCUCGGGGCUUUCCUCCACUCGCCUCUCGACGUCAUUCCAGGUCCACUAGUGCCCUCUCCACUGCUGAGUCUGUUGGGCAGUCAGACCGGUUUGGGCUUGGCCAGGCAGGAAGAAUACCUGGCUCUGUGAAUGCCAUGCGGGUUUUGAGCACGAGUACGGACCUUGAAGCUGCUGUCGCUGAUGCUUUGCUGUUAGGAGACUCCAGGAGCAAGAAGAAGCCGGUGAGGAGGAGGUAUGAGCCGUACGGGAUGUAUUCUGAUGACGAUGCCAACAGCGAUGCCUCAAGCGUUUGCUCUGAGCGCUCGUACGGCUCCAGGAACGGCGGCAUUCCCCACUAUCUGCGGCAGACCGAGGACGUAGCAGAAGUUCUCAACCACUGUGCCAGUUCCAACUGGUCGGAAAGGAAAGAAGGGCUUCUCGGCCUGCAGAACUUGCUGAAGAGCCAAAGAACACUGAGUCGAGUAGAAUUGAAAAGACUGUGUGAGAUCUUCACUCGAAUGUUUGCUGACCCUCACAGCAAGAUUGCUGAUUCAGAACCAGAAUAUGAGGAUAAAGAAGGAAAUUUGUUUCCAUCAGAAGGCUCUUGUACAGUGAGUUUGGAGGUCUCAGUUUAUAUGUUUUUGGAGACUCUGGUGGAUUUUAUAAUAAUUCAUAAGGACGACUUACAAGACUGGCUUUUUGUUCUUCUCACACAAUUACUUAAGAAAAUGGGGGCAGAUUUACUUGGAUCUGUGCAAGCAAAAGUUCAAAAGGCUCUAGAUGUCACAAGGGACUCCUUUCCAUUUGACCAACAGUUUAACAUUUUGAUGAGAUUUAUUGUGGAUCAAACUCAAACUCCUAACCUCAAGGUCAAAGUUGCAAUCCUGAAGUACAUCGAGUCCCUCGCUAGGCAGAUGGAUCCAACGGAUUUUGUAAACUCUAGUGAGACGAGGCUUGCAGUUUCUAGAAUUAUAACCUGGACGACAGAACCAAAGAGUUCAGACGUGAGAAAGUCCCCGCUUCAGCGUAGUCGAGUAGGUGAGGAUUUCCCCACUAGGUCAGCUUCCACCUGCUCUGGGCCCGGAGAAGGAAACUUGGAAGAAAAUUGUAAACAGGCAGCACAAAUUGUGCUGAUCUCUCUGUUUGAAUUGAACACUCCCGAAUUUACCAUGUUACUUGGUGCCUUGCCAAAAACCUUCCAGGAUGGUGCCACCAAACUCCUGCAUAACCACCUCAAGAACUCUAGUAACACCAGUGUGGGCUCUCCGAGCAAUACAAUUGGCCGGACUCCCUCCCGACACACCAGCAGCAGGACCAGCCCCCUGACCUCACCCACCAACUGUUCCCACGGGGGCCUGUCUCCCAGUCGGUUAUGGGGUUGGAGUGCCGAUGGGCUAUCGAAGCACCCACCUCCCUUUUCUCAGCCUAACUCCAUUCCCACCGCUCCCUCCCACAAGACUCUCAGGCGCUCUUACUCUCCCAGCAUGCUGGAAUAUGAUACAGAGAACCUGAACUCUGAAGAAAUUUAUAGUUCUCUGCGUGGAGUUACAGAAGCCAUUGAAAAGUUUAGUUUUCGAAGCCAAGAGGAUCUGAACGAGCCAAUUAAGCGAGAUGGCAAAAAGGACUGUGACAUUGUGUCCCGUGAUGGUGGAGUUGCGUCGCCUGCCACGGAGGGCCGGGGAGGCAGUGAUGUGGUGGAAGGAGGCAGAACGGCCCUGGACAACAAGACGUCCCUCCUCAACACCCAGCCCCCCCGCGCCUUCCCUGGGCCGCGGGCGCGAGACUACAAUCCCUACCCCUACUCGGACACCAUCAACGCCUAUGACAAGACAGCCCUGAAGGAGGCCGUGUUCGAUGAUGACAUGGAGCAGCUUCGAGAUGUGCCCAUUGACCAUUCUGACUUGGUGGCUGACCUUCUGAAAGAGCUGUCCAACCACAACGAGCGGGUGGAGGAACGGAAAGGCGCCCUGCUGGAGCUGCUCAAAAUCACCCGGGAAGACAGCCUGGGCGUCUGGGAGGAGCACUUCAAGACCAUUCUGCUCCUGCUGCUGGAGACGCUCGGAGACAAAGACCAUUCCAUCCGAGCACUAGCAUUGAGAGUUCUACGGGAAAUUCUGAGAAACCAGCCCGCAAGAUUUAAGAACUAUGCCGAGCUGACGAUUAUGAAGACUCUGGAAGCCCACAAAGACUCCCAUAAGGAGGUGGUGAGAGCAGCCGAGGAGGCGGCGUCCACGCUGGCCAGCUCCAUCCACCCGGAGCAGUGUAUCAAAGUCCUCUGCCCCAUCAUCCAGACGGCCGACUACCCCAUCAACCUCGCCGCCAUCAAGAUGCAGACCAAAGUCGUCGAGAGGAUCGCCAAGGAGUCCUUGCUGCAGCUCCUCGCCGACAUCAUCCCGGGCUUGCUGCAGGGUUAUGACAACACCGAAAGCAGUGUGCGUAAGGCCAGCGUGUUUUGCUUAGUGGCGAUUUAUUCCGUGAUCGGAGAAGAGCUGAAACCUCACCUCGCACAGCUCACGGGGAGCAAGAUGAAGCUACUCAACUUAUACAUAAAGAGAGCCCAAACCACAAACAGCAACAGCAGCUCCUCCUCCGACGUGUCCACACACAGCUAAUGGCAGCACCAGAGUCUCUUUCUGUCGCCCUAGAAGCAAUCGGUGGUGCCUCUCAGAGACCUUCCCCGCCCCCCCACCCCCCCAUCGGCUGCCCAGUCAGUACACGGAGGCCCGCAGAUAUUUAUUACAAUCAGUAUUUUGGUCCCUUCCAGCUUUUGUGUAGAAUCUUACUGGUAUUGAAUGUAAAGGAAGCAAGGCCUGUUUUGCAGUCUUCGUACGAAACAAGCGGAAUAAGAAAAGAGCCAUACUUCCCCAUGUCUUGUACAGCCUGCUGACAUCAUAAAACCAUGUGUGUGGGGUGCAGUUUUCGCAAAUCAGAGCUCUCUAGCCAAUACGUGGUAGAAAGUAGCAUUUUCUCUUAGUUAAUAACAUUGAGGAGGCUGUGUUAAUUUGUGUUUCUAUCUCAUCUUCGCUUACUUCUUCUGGACACGCACGGCCUGUGACACCAGGAAAGGGUCGUACGUCCUUCAGUUGGAUUGUGAGACCUACUAAGAACGUGAGUCAAAUCCCGGCAAGAAACAAACAGAAGCCUGAAGACCGUCUUUUAACAAACACGUGGGAUUUUGCUUGUACACUUUCUGGACUGGAGGCCCAGGGCCCCCUCCUCAGGCCCCUUCCAGGACGGGCUCCCAGCGCCUCUGAACCCUCCACUCGCGCUAUCCCCACCCAGAGCUUCUACUCGAAAGAAUUGUUUCUUCCGUUUAAAUCCAAACAGAAAAGUCCAGGUAAAUGUAUAGCAUCCCUUAGGGGGAGUGCCUAAAGUGGCAUUUCGUGAAGCCUGGAAGAUACAAGAGAAGGGGUGUGUGUGUUUAUUUCACUACGCAGAUGUUGGGGAAACACUAUGUUAACAGGGCCUCCCCUGUGGCCCUGCUGCUUGGUCGGGCUUUUCCGAUUCAGCACCCUCUCCUCUCCUCUCCUGUCCCCCAGCCUCCACCUCAGCUGCUCAGUUCGAAGUGUUCUGGCCAGUCUGAUGAAUGAUAACUCUGCCACCCCAGUUUUGACUUCUUGGUUUCAUUUGGGAUUAGGAUCGAAGGAAAAUCUAGAGAGACCAGGUAUCAGAAUCCUUUUUUUUUUAUUUUAUGGACGGAAGUACUUCCUUGAUCAUCUGUUGAAAUAGUUGAGGAAAAAGCAAUGGUGAGUGGCACAUUGCAGGAAAACAAGAUUUGAAACCCAGUUUUAACGUUUCUUCACUGAGAAAUUACCAGAGAAACUACCCUUCGUAAACAUUUUUCUUAAGGGUUUCACUCUCCAAUAAAAGGGACUAUAAAGAUUAGAGUCUGGUUAAAAUAAGUUUUGAGUAAAAUUCUUCAAGUGAAAUGGAAAUUCUUGUUGCAGUCGUGAAGCCUUCUAUCCUCUCUAAAUUGAACUGGGUUUUCCCUGAGGAAAAUGCCUGUUCUGGUGUUACUUUGUAAUGAGGUGUUUGCUGUUCUGAUGCAGAACCCCCCUUGCAGCCAGAAGCACCCAGAAGCAGAGACUGGGCGGUGGUCCCGCUGACACCUACAGACCAACCCCCAAUCUCUGACCCUCCCGCCUUGUUUGGAAGUUGCAACACUGUAGCACACACAGCUCAUUUUCACUCAGAAGGUAUUUUUAGAUACUUUAUUUGGAACUAGGCACUGAAAACAAAGGUCCAGGAACAGUGAAGCCAGGGUGCCUUCACUGAGAGAGAGAGAGAGAGAGUGUGUGUGCGAGUGUGUGUGUGCAAGUGUGUGUGUGUGUGUGUGUGUGUGUGUGUGUAGGGGGUAUCUUGCACUUGGAGGGAAGUACCCCGCUGCUGCUGUUGAAGGAACUUCAGGGGUGCAUUUUAAGUGGUUGAAUAUUAUUGACUUAUUUUUGGCUCAAAACAUAGCAGGACCAGGCCUUACUUUCAUUGAUAAAUGACGUUUGUUAAUAUCUCACUAAUGGGAUUUCCUUUUUACACUCGACAAGUGAGUCAGGGCACCUUUUGAUUACUCCUCUGUUGUAGAAAUGUGCGUUCUGCUAGGUUAUUUAUGAGUUCUUGUAUGCCUCAUGCGUUUGGAAAGACCUUGCCCCUUGAACUCUGUGACUCCCUGCCUCAUGGGCCCCCCCCCGCCUGCAGCUGGGAAGAAGCUUGAACAUUGCCGAAUGUCCUCAUUGUACUCACAAAGGGCUAGCCUCGAAUGUCACUUCCCCGACCUUCAAUCUCCCCACCUAGAGAGGGAUACAAUCACAGGUCUCUUGGCCUCAAUCAGAACUGCUGCCCACGCCGGCACCGGCACCGCCACCGCCACCGGGGAGACUCGCAUGCCCCCGCCACCACCUCACCGGGAGGGAGCCGCGCCCGCCGCCGCCCCCUGAGCCCCGACAGCUGCCUCGCCUUGCCGCCGCCUCCCUGCAGGGCUCCUGUUUGGACGAAACACCCAAAACUGCGAAACCGUGUUUGCCUCCCCUGUUUACCCGACAGUCCGGGGGGCCCCCGAAGAGCCCCGCCCCCCCCCCGCCCCGUGCCCUCCCUCUGCAGGCCUCCGUGCGCCCCGCAGGCUGCGGUGGGCGCGGGCACGCAGCUUUGUUCAAGUUCGAGUCCACUGUGUGUGCUUCCGCGCGGGCCGCAGGCAGCCCAGGACGGCCUCUCUGUGGCUCCUCACUGGCUUGUCUUACCCUGCGCAGGUAAUGCAACAAAUUUUGGUCUCAUCAGUCUGGUUUUUUUCCCCUGCCGCCCUUUAUUUAUCGAGCAUAAUACUACACGUGAAAGAACAGCAAAUAAGAACUUUGUAGAAUCCCACCAGGACUUUGCUAACAAUGAUAUUUGGAAAAUAGAAAAAAAAAAAACGCUCUGAAAACUAGCAGCCACCAAAAUAGUUUUGUUGGCACUGUGUUCACACGCAUGGUCCCCACACCCCCAGGUUGGGUUUUUGGGUUUCGUUUUCGUUUUCGGGGGGCUUUUCAUGUUACAUCCAUAUCUGUAUUUAUAUCUUAUUUGUUUCACUCUCAAGUGUAUCAUGGCAAAUGUACAGAUUUUUUUUGUUAAUAAUGUGCUAGGAUUUGCUAAAAAAGAAAACAACAAAAAAAACCCCUUUUGAGUUUGCCCUAGAAUAAAUGAAUCUUAAUUCAGUUUCUUGA